AUGGAGAAAGAGCCCCUCCUACACACGGAUCCUGCAGUCAAUACACGUCCAAGGAAUGAGUCUGUCCCCAAGGUUCCAACCAAAACAAGAUACGGGACACUCCUGCUUGUAAACAUCGUGAUCUGCCUGUGGACCAUUGCUGAAAAACUCCACUCGCCAGUGGUCACCCAGUACCUGUACAUGAGGGUCAAAGACGACGUGUACCCCAACGGUACAGAACCGGCGAAACACAACGUCACCUGCUUCCAGAACAGUUCAACCGAAGGCUUCAAGCUCCAGGAGAAAGCCCAGCAGGUUACGAACACCAUGCAGAUGCAAUUCUCGAUAUCCAAAUCGGGAUGCGAGCUCGUUAUCAAUCUAAUGCUAGGCUCCUUCUCAGAUUAUGUCGGUAGAAGGGUUCUGUUUAUGGUGCCAACGGUGGGAUACUUCAUGAAGAAUUCCAUUCUUACGGCAAUAAUUUAUUGGAACUUGGAUCUGAAGUUUUACUAUGUUGGUGAAAUAUUGGAAGGAAUUACUGGCGGGUCGUCUCUGUUCAAACUAGCCUGCUACACGUGUGUGUCGGACAAUACACCAGCUAAAGGCGUCAGGACCCUGGGGAUGAUAGCAGUAGAUGUCACAAUGGCAGUUACCGAAGCAGCCAUUUCAUCAGUGACCGGCAUCUUCAUCCAGAACACAGGAUUCUUUUACCCGUCCUUGGCAUCAGCGUUGAUGACCGUGGUUGUCUUGGUAACAAUUAUGUGUAUUUUGUCUGACAAUGUUAAACGAAGAGGAGCUUCCUGUGGAAACUUUUUGGCAGGUUUAAAAAAUGUCUUUUCGCCCUACUUUACAGAAGGUUCAAAGAGAAGGAAGGUGUUGUUCUGGUUGGCCAUUAUAGCUUAUUUCAUUUCUACCCUUAGUAGCAGUACUGGGGACAUUGGAAAUUUGUGGCAGCUCAAUUACCCCUUGUGUUGGAGCCCAGAGAUGAUAGGAUACUACAGUAUGGCAAGCACAAUGUUCCAACAAGUGCUCUGUAUUCCCUUAGCCAGGCUGCUCCAGAGCUGUGUCAGGGAUCCACUCAUCGCUGUAUGGAGCUGUGUCGUCACCAUGGCGUCUAACGCGCUGCACGCGUUUUCCUACACCAAUUGGAUGAUGUACGGUGUUGCCAUCGUUGGAUGUCUUUCGGUCUCAGUAGGAGGGAUAAUCCGGUCAGUGUUGUCCCAGAUGACGGCUCCAGAUCGACAGGGAUCUCUCAUGGCGAGCUUAUCUGUCUUUGCAAUCGUCAGCAACGUCUUAGGAGAACCAUUGUUCAGUUGUAUCUACAGCUCUACAGUGAUUGUGAUGCGUGGGGCUGCCUUCCUGGUGUCGGCUGGUGGCCAUUUUCUAUCGACAGUCACUAUCAUCGUUUUCGCUGUGUUGUCCUCUGGUAAAUAUAAACAGGAAGUGACGUCAUCAUCUAAUCCGCAAAUACCGGAAGUGGACAGUGUGGCAUCGCCAGCAAAACGACACAUUCAGAGUAACGACUGAACCGCUGAGUGAGAUUGCUGAUUCGAAUAUUCUGAGAACU